AAAUACCCCUCGGAUCCAAACCCCUUCAUGCUCUCUCCCGAGUCCGGGCUCCCAACGCCACUGGUUCCCCAUCCCAGUAGAGCCGGGAUCCUGCAGGACCCAACGCUAGGGUUCUCCUGAACCCCAUUCCGAGCCCGAUCCCUUCGAAUCCUACUGCAGUUCCUCUGUCCGGGAGUCCAGCCUCCCUUAUCAUUUUUCCGAUCUUUAUAUCUUCCAAUUCCUGUAGUACCAGGUUUCUCUCUCGACUCCUCAUCCUUGCCACCGAUGGAGUUGGCAAAGGACGUUCCGAGUCUGGUCUCUCCUUCGACCUUUGGUAGAUGGAGGAGCAAAUUGGGAGUUUUCGGCAAACACUCGAGUGUUAGUGCGAAGCGAGAGAGAAGUCGUGAUCUGGUGGGAACAUCAGUGGUGAUGAUAACAAUGUCUGGGAUCCGCAACAGAAGGGAGUCUUUGGUCAUCAAUGCAAGUAGUACAGGGGCUGCCGAGGUGGAGACAGCAGUGGCUGAGAGGCCGGGGCUGGCGGUAUUCAAAGUGCUCGCGGGGACGCCGGCACCACUUGGUGCUACGGCUUGCAAUGGAGGCGUCAAUUUUGCUAUUUGUUCCAGUAGCGCUUCGGCAGCCACGCUUUGCCUCUUCACCCUUUCUGAUCUGAAAGCGAAUAGAGUGACAGAGCAGAUCUCCCUUGACCCACUGUUCAACAAGACUGGGGAUAUAUGGCAUGUUUUUGUUCAAGGUGAAUUUAAGGAUAUGCUAUAUGGGUACAAGUUUGACGGAAGGUUUUCUCCUGAAGAAGGGCACUACUUUGAUUAUUCUCGGAUCUUGUUGGAUCCUUAUGCUAAGGCAGUUAUAAGCAGAGGGGAUUAUGGUGUCUUAGAACCUGGUGGUGAUUGUUGGUCUCAGAUGGCUGGUAUGAUCCCAAUUUCGGACGAUGAGUUUGACUGGGAGGGAGAUUUACCUUUAAACUAUCCUCAGAAAGACCUCAUAAUUUACGAAAUGCAUGUAAGAGGCUUCACAAGGCAUGAUUCAAGUCAGACGGAUUCCCCAGGGACUUACCGUGGUGCAGCAAAUAAACUUGACCAUUUGGAGGAGCUUGGAGUCAAUUGCAUAGAGCUAAUGCCGUGUCAAGAGUUUAAUGAGCUGGAGUACUUCAGCUUCAACUCCAUCCUUGGUGAGAAUAAGUCGAAUUUCUGGGGAUACUCAACAGUAAACUAUUUUUCACCAAUGAUAAGGUAUUCAUCAGCUGGGAUGAAUAACUGUGGCCUUGAUGCAAUUAAUGAAUUCAAGACUCUUGUUAAAGAAGCUCAUAAAAGAGGCAUUGAGGUGCUUCUGGAUGUUGUUUUCAAUCACACAGCUGAAGGGAAUGAGAAUGGUCCCAUAUUAUCAUUUAGGGGCAUUGACAACAGCACUUAUUAUAUGCUUGCACCUAAGGGUGGGUUCUAUAAUUAUUCGGGUUGUGGAAACACAUUCAACUGUAAUCAUCCUGCGGUUCGUCAAUUUAUCAUAGAUUGUUUGAGAUACUGGGUUACAGAAAUGCAUGUUGAUGGAUUUCGCUUUGAUCUUGCUUCUAUCAUGACCAGAAGUUCCAGCUUAUGGGAUCCAGUUAAUGUAUAUGGACAUCCAAUAGAAAGUGAUUCAUUCACAACUGGAACCCCCCUUGGUAGCCCUCCACUCAUUGACAUGAUGAGCAAUGAUCCAAUCCUCAGCAAGGUCAAGUUAAUUGCUGAAGCAUGGGAUGCAGGAGGCCUUUACCAAGUCGGUAAAUUUCCUCAUUGGAGUAUUUGGUCUGAAUGGAAUGGGCAGUACCGGGACACUGUGCGGCAAUUCAUCAAAGGUACAAAUGGAUUUUCUGGAGCAUUUGCUCAGUGCCUUUGUGGAAGCCCAAAUCUUUACCAGGAGGGAGGAAGAAAACCCUGGAAUAGCAUCAACUUUGUGUGCGCACACGAUGGAUUUACUUUGGCUGAUCUGGUUACAUACAACAACAAGUAUAACUUGUCCAAUGGUGAAGACAACAGAGAUGGAGAAAAUCAUAAUCUAAGCUGGAAUUGUGGGGAGGAAGGAGAGUUUGCAAGUAUAACAGUAAGACGAUUGAGAAAAAGGCAAAUGCGGAACUUCUUCCUUUGCUUGAUGGUUUCUCAAGGCGUUCCCAUGAUCUACAUGGGUGAUGAGUAUGGUCACACAAAAGGAGGCAACAACAAUACUUACUGCCAUGAUAAUUAUCUCAACUAUUUCCGAUGGGAUAGGAAGGAAGAAUCAUCAUCAGACUUCUAUAGGUUCUGCCGUCUGAUGACUAAAUUCCGCCAGGAAUGUGAAUCUCUUGGCCUUGAAGACUUCCCAACAGCUGAACGACUCCAGUGGCACGGCCGCCACCCCGGGAUGCCAGACUGGUCGGAAACCAGUCGGUUCGUGGCAUUCUCCAUGACGGAUGCAGUGAAGGGAGAAAUCUAUGUAGCUUUUAACACAAGCCAUCUCCCGGUGACCAUCACGCUGCCAAACCGCCCAGGCUACCGAUGGGAGCCGCUGGUGGACACGGGCAAGCCCACACCCUAUGACUUCCUCUCCGACGAUCUUCCAGACCGAGACACAGCCGUCAAACAAUAUGCCCACUUCCUCAAUUCCGACCUCUACCCCAUGCUCAGCUACUCCUCUAUUAUCCUAGUAUUGCACCCAGCAGAUGCUUGAUAAUCUUCUUCU